AUCGCCUUUUCCAUGCACUUAUCAGUACUUUAGUUAUCAAAGAAACAAAAAAUUUUCUCCACGCCAGAAUUUUAUCUAUGAGAUCCAUGAUCACAUGUUAGCGUCCUCCUCCCUCGUGCAUCUUCAGAGCGAUUCCGAACUCGUUCUUAAUCUCUUAAGGGAGGUUAAAUAGUGAGAAGAAUCACUCCAAGCAGUAUCCGAACUGCGAAAACAUGGAGGAAGCCGAAGACAAAUACACAAAAGAUGGAACGACAGAUAUUCACGGAAACCCUGCUGUGAGGAAAGGCACCGGGAAUUGGAGGGCUUGCCCCUACAUUCUUGCGAAUGAAUGCUGUGAAAGGUUGGCAUAUUAUGGGAUGAGCACCAAUCUGGUGAACUACCUGAAGGACCAUCUCCACCAAGGGAAUUCCACGGCAGCAAAUAAUGUCACCAACUGGUCGGGCACGUGCUAUAUUUUGCCUCUGCUUGGGGCUUUUUUAGCUGAUGCCUACCUUGGAAGAUAUUGGACGAUCGCCAGUUUUAUGAUAAUUUAUAUCUUCGGUUUGACGCUGCUGACUCUGACAGCAUCCGUCGGAGGGCUGAAACCGGCUUGUAGGAACGGUGUCUGCGACCCCACGAAUGCUCAGAGUGCGGUGUUCUUCGUAGCGCUCUAUCUUGUUGCACUGGGUACUGGAGGGAUCAAGCCCUGCGUCUCUUCUUUUGGGGCCGACCAAUUUGAUGACUCAGAUGAAUCCGAGAAGAAAAGGAAGAGCUCCUUCUUCAAUUGGUUCUACUUCUCGAUCAACAUCGGGGCCCUGGUUGCGGCCUUGGUGCUGGUCUGGAUACAGGAGAAUAAAGGAUGGGGCUGGGGCUUCGGAAUCCCUGCGGUGGUAAUGUCCAUUGCGGUUGUGAGCUUCUUCUCGGGCACAGCAUUGUACAGACACCAGAAACCUGGAGGAAGCCCCCUCACACGCAUUGCCCAAGUUGUCGUCGCAUCUUUUAGGAAAUCCGGGGCGAAGGUACCUGCCGACAAAUCUCUACUGUACGAGAUUCCGGAGAAGGAAUCUGCAAUACAAGGUAGCCGCAAGCUCGAGCACACGAACCAGUUCGAGUUCCUGGACAAGGCAGCCGUGAGGAGUCAGGAUGAAAAGAUCGGCGGCCCCGCGGACCCAUGGAUGCUCUGCACGGUCACGCAAGUGGAGGAGCUCAAGAGCGUCCUGCGAAUUCUUCCGAUAUGGGCCAGCGGCAUCGUCUUCGCGACUGUCUACAGCCAGAUGGGCACCAUGUUCGUUCUCCAAGGCGAUACUCUAGAUCGCCGCAUGGGCCCCCAUUUCAAGAUCCCAGCCGCUUCGGUCUCCGUCUUCGACACCAUCAGCGUUAUCGUAUGGGUUCCGAUCUAUGAUCGCAUAAUAGUCCCGGUGGCUCGCAAGUUCACAGGUCGCGAGCGGGGCUUUACUCAGCUGACCAGAAUGGGCAUCGGCCUGGUCAUCUCCAUAUUCUCCAUGCUGGCUGCCGGGACCCUGGAGAUCGUGAGGCUCCGCAUCGUGGCGAGGGAUAACUUAUACGACCGUGAUGGCGAUAAUGACUAUGUGCCCUUGUCCGUAUUCUGGCAGGUGCCUCAGUACUUCAUCGUGGGGGCCGCGGAAGUGUACACCUUUAUCGGGCAGCUGGAGUUCUUCUACGACCAGGCACCCGACGCCAUGAGAAGCAUGCUUUCUGCUCUCUCGCUGACCACGGUGGCGCUUGGUAACUACUUAAGCACCCUGCUCGUCACGAUCGUCACGCACAUUACUACCAGGAACGGGAAGCUUGGGUGGAUUCCGGAUAACCUAAACCGCGGCCACCUCGAUUACUUCUUCUGGCUGCUGGCGAUACUCAGCGUUGUGAACUUCCUAGUCUACCUUCUGAUCGCCAAGUGGUACAGCUAUAAGAAGACGGCAGGCGAUGACACUGAAUUCCAGUAACUCUUAAUUAGAGGCGCACAUCUGCCGGAGCGGGCAAUCAAGAUUCGUCUGUUGGAUGCUCUUCUAUGAGCUUGUAAAUUUGUGGAAUAUAUCUAUCUAUCUAUAUAUAAAAGUAGCACGUACUGCCUAUGUAUGUCGUUAAGUGCAAGUCUCUAGAUUUGGAUUGUCUCCUUGGAUGCCAAGGCAACAUGUCUAUGUUAAAAUUCAUCGAAAAGAAAAGAUUGUGCGCUUUCAA